AUGGAAGAUGGCGUGAAGGAGGAGCUUCCGGAAAAACCGAAAUGCGCUUCUACUGCGGACAAAGCGGGCUGGGUCAAAAAGAGCAGCGGCGGCAUCCUGGGACUCUGGAAAGAGCGCUACGUUCUGCUUUGUAGGAGUCAGCUCUUGAUGUAUGAAGAUGAGGACGAACAGAAGUGCAUGGAAACGGUUGAGUUGGAAAACUAUGAGAAAUGCCAAGACUUGCGCGCCUUCUUGAACAGGAAGCAUCGGUUCAUUUUACUUCGCUCUCCGGGUUACAAGGUGCAAGAUAUCAAAUUUCAGGCAUGUCAUAAGGAAGAAAAGGAGUCGUGGAUGAAAGCCCUCAAUGAAGGCAUCAGCCGAGGCAAAAACCGGGUCUUUGAUGAGGUGAAAGUGGACCAAAGCCUUUCUCUGGAGCACGUGACCCGAGACAGAGCCAAAAUCGGCCAAGGACGCCGACCUCCAACCAGAAGCCACCUAAAAGAGGUUGCCAACGCCAUGUCCGACGGGAUCCUGAGACUUGACUUGGACGUCCCAGACAGCGGCCCUCCGAAUGCCACCUUGGAGACAAGCGACGCCGUUCACGUGGCCCCUCCUAAGGAGGCGGUCAAGCCGCCCAUGCCCCCGGCAAAACCUCCUGCCGAGAAGCUGAAUCCAGAUUCGACGCCCGAGCCGGAAGUCAAGAACCCUCCGAUGCCUCCUGCGAAGCCUGCUAAAGAAACAGAAGCACCCGGUGACCAUUUGAGCUCCGCAGAAGGUGACGGGGGUGUCCAAAUUGAUGAUGUGGAGGAAUCCAAAGUUGGUCCGGAGGUGGAGAAUUUGGCAGACGCCGGUGAAAAUGCGCUCAAAGUUCCGGUCCCUCCCCCAAAGGUCUUAUCUGCUAAGAUGAAGAUAACGUGGGACGAUCCAACUUCUGAAUUGCCGGUUGUCGGAAAUGGAAAUCCACCCGCGGCCGGCAGCAAAGAAAACCUCCAUGGAGAUGCCCAGGAGGGGACAAAACCUCCCACUCCUCCUCCUAAAAUUCUGUCAGAAAAGUUGAGAGCCAGCAUGAUAUCCCAACGGGGGCGCUCGGAGGUCGGCGCUUCCGAAGACGACCAGCGACUGGAUGACUCGAGUCCCCCCUUGAAUGGAAUGAACGGUGAAGGAGUUACGGGGUCACCUCCCGAGGAGCCAGUCUUCGGACCCAGUGAAGAGGAGAACCCCUUUCAAGAGCGGAGAGAAAAUUCCUCGGCGCAAGACGCUAAUAAGGAGAACUCGAGCCUUCCGGCGAAGGAUCAGGCGCCGGUGUCGGAGUCCGCGGGAAACCCUUCUAAUCCUAAGACUCGGUCGUCCUCCGUGGGGGACCUGCUGACGGAACCGAGGGAGAAGCCCCUGCUGGGGCAGGGUGUCCACCGGGGAGCGGCCCUCCAGAUGGCCCAGAUAGAAAAAAAGGUCGCCUACGAACGGGAGAGAACGGAAAAGCUGCUGCAGCAGGUACUGAGCGAGCAGCCCCGCACGGGCAACGGGCCGCCGACGAACCGAGAGGCGCUGCUCAGCGAGGCCGUGGAGCGGCUCCGGCAAGCCACGCAGGUCUUGCAAGAGAGCAAAGGCUCGGAAGAGCUGAGGAAGGAACUUCGGGAGAAGGGCAAAGGCUUGCCGAAGGACCUGGCGACGCUUUAUAGGAGAAGCGCUCCCUGA